CCCGCGGUGCUGGUCAUUCGCGAGUUCGAAUUUAGAAAGUUAACUUUUUAUUCCGGUAUUUAAUUUUUACAAGGUUGGUUGCUAGUUAGUCGUGCUCGGUGUGCCAGUGGACGCGCACGUCAACUAUACCGCCCACAAGUAAAGUUAAGUCCCGUUAGUGAACUCGUUUGUUGGCCGAACGGAUUUAUUGAGUGUAUAGAAGUUACCGGCGUCAUGUCAGCGACGAAGUAUUCCCACCCAUUCCUGAACGGUUUAAAGCCGCUUCCAGAAGGCUAUGAUGAAGAAUUACAGCAAAUAAGAGAGUGGAUGAAAAGUCAACCUCAUUUACCGUACAUAUCCGAUGAGUACGUGUUUCUGUUCUUACAUUCAAAUUACUAUAAGGUGAAAGAGACAAAAGAUACCAUAGAAUGCUAUUUCACCCUGAGGAACAACUCCCCUGACCUAUUCACUAAUCGUGAUCCACUGUUGCCGAAGAACAAAACCAUAUUGGACAUCACCCAUAUGAUAGCCUUCCCCAAGCUAUCGCCGGAGGGCCACCACAUUCUACUGUACCGCCUCGCAGACACCGACUACAGCAAACUAAACUUUGCGGAUGCAGUGCGCGUGUUCUGCAUGUUUAAUGAUAUCAAACUCUCCGAAGAUCGCCUGUCUGAGGGCUAUAUUGUCAUCUUCGAUAUGAAAGGGUGCAGCCUCGGACAUUUGACCAGGGUGACUUUGCCCGCGUUGAGGGCGUUCAUGCAUUAUAUACAGAACGCUCACCCGUGUCGUCUAAAGAAGAUCCACGUAGUACACACCGUCUCCUUCAUCAACCAGGUCAUGUGCCUCGUCAAACCGCUGAUACACUCGAACCUGCUGAAUCUUCUCAACUUCUCAUCGGAAGGUCCAGAAUCUGUGGUCGAUGUUGAAUACCUGCCAGAAGACUACGGCGGUCGACAAACAUGCGUGAAACAACUACACGAUGAACAACGGAAGAAUAUGGAGUCUAAUUACAGGGACUGGCUGAUUGAAUCGGAGAUAUUCAAGGUUGAUGAAAAAAAGCGUAUUAAAAAGCCAAGUAAAGGUAUGUUCGCGAGUUUUACCAGUAGUUUUAAGAGCCUCGACAUCGACUGAUCCAUUAAUAAUUCCUAUUAUAAACAUUUCUAUUGGUC